UCGCUUGACGCUCAACUUCAGAGCCUAGUAAUCUGAAAUUCUGACUCCUUAAAAUUGAAAAUAGCCUUCAGCCAUGGAAGAUUUCAAGAAUAGCCUGUACUUUAAAAGACAUCAAUUAUAAUAUUAAGUGCAAACCCUUUCUUUACGAAACAGUCUGGGCCUCCAUACCGCCAUAUCUGGACAAUUCGACAAACCGGUACUGCACACUAAACUAAAAGGAAGCGCAAUCUGAAAACGUCACCAUUCAGUACAACACAUUAUACAGAUCGAGCGACAUUGUUUCGUUUCAGAGAAACCCAUUUUACCGAUGUUCAGACACCCCUCCUUUGGGGGACGUCUGGAUGUGGUUGUCCCUCAAUAUCGGUAAAAAUACAGUAAAAUGAACUUGCGCAAAAAAUAUAGAGAACAACAAUCUAAAAAUGUCAUCAUUGAAUUCCUCGGGGAAAAAAAUAAACAGAUUUACCGAAAGAAAAAAUUUUCUACCGUGGCAUUCGAGAGUUUUGAUUGGAAAACGGCAAGUUUGGUCACAUGACGCCCGCGAAUACUUUAGAUUUGCGCGAUAUGACGCAUCUGCUGUCGGGCCAGACGCCCCUUGUUUGGUAGACACAUGGAGUGUUUGUUUUAUUAAACCAAAUGAAGACAUUCUUGGAAUUAGGAUAGUGUGCCAUGCUGCCAUUGAUUCCUUAGGGAAAAUAGUGUUUGGAACCCAUCAUAGUGAAGGGCAUUCGACUAGUUUGAUUGAAUGCUUGGUAUUGCUACAAGUGCAAAAAUAAGUUUGCAUCUGCACCAAAGAUGUCCCAACUGAUACUCGUUUAAAAGAGUUGAGGCUGUAUUAAGCUUUUUCCGCUCUGCCACCUGAAACAAUAAAAUAAACAGCAUCAUACAGGAUUUUUGGCCAGUACUGUUUGUUAUGUUCUUAAGCUUAUUGUUGUAAGUUGCUUUGAGUAUCUGACUCAGCAGUUCUCUUCGACAUCUUCGAAUAAUAAAUUUUUUUAAUUUCUAGAAAGUUACCUGAAUUUCAUAUUAGCUUAAACUUCUCCCAACUGUAGCAAAUUACCAUUGCUGCAUUGAACCCCUGCUUAUAAACAUUAAUGUCGUUGAAUAUAUUCUAGAUUUCAUUUGGUAAUAAUCAUCAAUUGAUAGCAUUCUGUAAAACAUGGGCUUGCUUCCUGGGUGAUAUAUCUAUCGAGCAUUGCAUGUAAUGAUGGAAUAUAUGAAUAGUUGGUUUCAGUACCUGCUUCGUAGCUUUGAUUGAAAGGGCGGUGGAUUAAAGUAUGUCACGUCCACCACAAUUAUAUCCGCACCAGGUUCCUCCUGGUAGCCCUGGUAUCGAAUAUCGGUUGGUUGCAAGAUAUGAACCUCAAGAUCUGGAGAGAUGCCUUGAAUGUGAAGCUAAUGAUCAUCUGUUUGUUAAACUUCCUCCAGUUUUUUCAUUCACUGGAACAGAACAAAAUCCUGAAGGUUGGAUCUAUGGCACUAACAUGCGAACUGGCUUGAUGGGUUAUGUUCCAGCAGGAUAUGUCAGAUACAUUCAAACAAUUCCUCUCCCCAUGCCAUCAACUCCUCGUCCGCCACCGAUACCUCCACCUACUCUUGGCGUAAUCCCAGAAAUUGAUGAUUCUGCUCAACAUCAUUAUCGCCAUGAAGACGAAUCACCUCCAGUGAUUCCACCAAGACCAAAUUUUGGAAAUGAAAGGGUAGUUCAAUGCGAUUAUGAAUGGUAUUGGGGAAAUAUAACUCGAGAUGAAGUCAAUGUACUUCGAGAUACUUCUGAUGGAACAUUCCUUGUACGAGAUGCAACUGCUGCUCCUGGUGACUACACACUAACUUUGCGAAAAGGUGGAAUGAAUAAACUGAUAAGAAUUUACUGCCGAGCAGGAAUGUAUGGAUUCUCACCUCCUUUUCAGUUUAAAUCAGUAAAAGAUCUGAUUGAUUAUCAUACAACGGUUUCAUUAAGACAAUAUAAUGAUGAUCUUACUGUUUGUCUCAAGUUUCCUGCCUGUCGACAGGUAAUUUCGACCCAAGAUAUUAAUCAACUUUGUCAAGCGUUGCAAGAAAUUCAUAAACGAGUUGUUGACAAUAGUAAUGAUUAUGAAAGACAGCACGAUGAAUAUAAUAAGAGACAACAGAAAAUACAACACAGCAAAACUGCCAUUGAUGCUUACGCGAAAACAAUAGAAAUAUUUGAAAAUCAAUGUUCUGUAUUAGAACUAUGUUUAAACAGAGGGAAUCAUGAUGAAAGCAGGUUGAUGGACAACUUCAGGAGUCUACAGGGACGUUUGCAAAGUGUUAUUCAACAAAAAGUCACCUUGGACGAUGAAUUACAUAGAGAAGUGCAAGAAAACCGACAACAAGAUUUUAUUAUUAAUAGUUUAAAAGGAGAAAUUCACAACGGAAAGAAACAGAGAGAUUCAAUUAUUAUGCAACUUCGUGCGCGAGAUGUUUCAGAUUACGAUAUUAAUUCGUAUCUUCAUCUUAAUGGUGAAAUACAAGAUGAAGAAGAUGUUUAUUCUGUAAUGCCAAUUGAUGCUGAAGAAGAUCUUCGACAUAGAUUUCCAAAACAUUGCAAGAAAGAAAAUUGGUUCUUUCCCAACUAUGAAAGGGAUGAUGCUACGAAACUCCUCAAUGAUAAACAAACAGGGACAUUUCUCAUACGACCAAGUAGGAAAGCUGCUUUUGCCUGUUCACUUGUUGCCAACGGCAAAGUUCAUCAUUGUUUAAUACAACGAACUGGAGAAGGAUAUGGAUUUGCCGAACCUUUCAAUCUUCAUCAAACAGUGGAGGAUUUGGUGCUUCAUUAUGCACAAAACUCUCUCAUUCCACAUAAUGAAAAAUUAGACACCAAAUUACUUCACCCCGCAGGAUUAUUUUUGUGACACCAUCAACUAAUGUAAAACAAGGUAAAAUGAAAAUGCCCGGAGCAGAAGAUACAUUGAAAGUCUUGCAACCAACAUGGUUCCUGGGUAAAUUUUUUUUUAGAUAUUUUACUUUACUUGAUUAUUGAACAUAUAUUCUUCAUUACUAUCAUACCGACUAUGGAAGGAAGGGUGUCAGGUUUUUUUCUUGUUCAAAAAUUGUCAAAUAACAGUUUCCACGUAUCACAUUAUCAAUAAUAUGUUCUGAUAUCUGGGAAUUUCCAAAUACCUAAAAAGAAGCUAUAAAUUAAAAUUAUACAAAAUUGUUGGCCAUACCUCAUUUUAAAGGAUUUAAAAAUAGAAAAUCAGUUUUUAUUUAGUGAAAUUUAUUUAAUUAGACCAAAUAUUCUAAAGUGCUAUUGUACGUGUAUUAUGAUUUCAUUCUUCUCAUAUAUAAACAGCAUUGGCUCUUGAUGCUUUGCCUUACUAAAGUUAGGUUAUAUCUUCUUGAAAUAAAUAGAAAGCUUCGACGAGCAAAUGAUUUUGUUAUCACCAUGUCCAAAUCUUCAUUUCUAUCUGUUUUAAGGGUCACUUUAUUGGUUGAUUUCUCAACUGUUUUAAUGUUCAAAGUCGCUCAUGUCACUUUAUGAAUAACAUUAAUAAUCGAAGUAUCCCUCAUCAUUUUUUCUAUGUUAACAUUUCAUGUACUAGGAAUUUAUACGUUCGCCCAUCAAAUUUUGUAAGUUGUGAUUGUUUCUUUCAAAAUGCUGCCUCUGACUUGUUCCAACAUCAAAAAUAAACGAUAUUUUGCUUAAGAAAAUAAGGCAACUGUCUCCUUCUAUUACAUUCCACAUUGUUGAUUUUUCGAUUCGAUUUCCUUUUUUUUCUUCAUGUUUCGAUGAAAUCUAAUUUUAGAUUUUAAAAUAUAACAUUGGAAAUUAUAUACUGCCCUCUGCCCACCUAAUAUUUCGUGCCAUUUCAUUUGUGUUAGCUGCUGUUUAAGUAUUGAUUUUGGGGGCUGAUAAAUAUGUAUUAUAGUUAUUGUAUUGAGUAAUCUAGUAUUUGUGAAAUCCAUUUACAAUUUUUGCUUCUGAAACAGUAAAUUGUUAUAAAUUUACAGUAGCAAAUUACAAAUUUUGAUUUUUUAAAUUCAUGUAGAAAAAGAUGUUUUGGAAUAGCAUUUAUUUAAAUCUCCCAGAAUGUAAAUUGUAAGUUAACAUAAAGUUGUUUAGUAUGAGGUAUCGACUAAAAUAUUUACCUUCAAAACUAUGGUCGCUCGAGCAAUAAUAUAUUAGUAACAAGCAAUAAAUUUUGAUUCGUACUUCCAUGUCACAAUGAAACAAUGUCGUUAUUUUUCAAAUAUUUUAAUUUAAUGUUGGAAAACCUUCAGUGCUCUGCCUCACAUAUUAACAAAUAACUGCUACCUUUGUUUUCAUUAACUUAAACAGUUUGUUGUUCACAAAAUAUCAGCUAUUUUUUGAAUAUAUGGAAUUCUGCUUUCCUGGUUAAAUUCAAUACUAUUUGACAAGCCAAUAUGGCAUUUUUGAUGAUUAUGGUUUCGUGAUAUCAGGAUCAUCCUCUACUUCGUUUUUUAUGUUAUUUAAUCCAGUAAUUAUUAAAAUUACAUUACCAAUAUAAUCUGCCUUUUAUCAUGUGUUCCAUCGCAUUUCUGCCUUAUUGUAUUGAUCAGUAACUCCUUGUCCAAUCACUCCCUUUUUCAAUUACUGUACUCUUUUUUUUUAUUAUUAAUAUAAUUGUUUAUUGCGCUAUUUUGAAUUUUUUCUAAUUGGUAUUUGAUUCAUGGGAACCAAAAGUGUAUAUAAAGAAUAAUCAUCAUUGCUGUGUUAUUUUAAAACUUUAAAAUGUGUUUAAUUUCUAAAAUUUGGCUUAGAUUCUUGUUUCCAUAUGUGAAUAUGCCAUUGUCAUACUAUCCUUUCAGACCCCUUCUAAAUGAGGUAAGUAAUGUUUUUCUCUAGUAGAAGAAAGUUUGUAUUCAUAUUUUUGUAGGAAAUUCGUGCCAUAUAAACAUCUUCACACAAAGAAUUCAAUGUUUAGAAUAAACCUAAAAUAAAAUUUACUUGAUCACUGAUCAGUUGGAUUGAGCAUCUGAGUGACAUCAGCUAUGAUAAGUUUUGGCUUGUUAUGAUGAAUUACAGCAAUGUAAUGUUAGACUCUGGGCAUAUUAUUGACCAAACAUUUCAUCAAAUAUAUAACAAAAUACAGGUUUUGAUGAUGAUGUUGAUCUGGUGUUUCAUAAUCGUCUUUUUGUUGAUGCAACCGUCUUUUUGCUGCUGAUAUGGUAGAAAUGGAAUGAACAUUUUAGCCUUAUGGAUUCUCUUGACCUGUUUUUAUUCUUGUUCUGCAGUAAGAACUAUGCUCUGAGGACUGACACCUAAGUACUUCUUGAUCUAUCCAUCUAUAUCUCUCAAAGUACUUUAUGGUGUCAAUAUUGCAAACUUAUCAGGUUAUCAUAUUAAAUUCAGUAUACGGAUAUUAUUAUGUUAAUCAAGAAUUCGUUUCUUACAUUUCAUAGCAAGUAAGAGUCCAUGUUCAUAUUUGAGCUAGCUUAUUUCAGGCUAUAUCUAUUCUGUGUUUUAACGUUUUCUCACAUUAUUUUACACUGCUUUUUAUAUUAUAUAUAAGCAGAAUGAUUUAAUGAAUGCAUUUUUUUUCUUAUGAUUAUUAUUGUCGCGAUUUCAUGAAAGCAAUAAAGAUGUAAUGAAAAAAA